AGAAAAUACCGUUCCACCCCAAAAACCUAAGGCAUUGUCUCACGCGAGCAUUCCCCACCAGAUCUCUAUUUCCUUCUCUUCCUCGCUUUCUAUCCCCUGCUCUCUUGAUCUCUACUUCCGACGAUUUCUACCUUCAAUUUCUUCUUUUCCGAUUCCAAUUUUUUUUCUCCGGUGCCGUAGAAUUUGAUUCCGGUUCACUACUUCAUUGUUUCCGUCACUGAAGUUGUGCUGCAGGUUUAUGAAUUUAUGUGAGAAAUGGGAUCCCGUGGGAGGCUGUGGUUUGACCUUAAUGAAGCCCCCUUGGAUGAUGAUGAUGAGAUUGAUGGUUCAUCUGGUGUCCAGCCUCAAAAAGUUAUUCCGGCUCUGAAUUCCCAACCGUCUGAUGUUGUCUCAUCAAUCGGUUCAUCCAGCAUUGUAAAUAACAAUGCCUUUUCUCAUGCUUCUUCUGUUUCCGGUUUCCAGCCUUUUGUUCGAAUAAAGGCUUCUUCUAGCUUAGAUAGAAAAGGUGACGAGAAAAAGGCAAGGGAUCAAUCCUCUGAGAUUAUGUCAUUGCCUGAAGCAAGCAAAAAUGGUAGAAAAGGGGUGACUUUGAUGAGUUCGGGCUCUAUAAAUAUUCAGGUUACGGAAAAAGAAGAAGGAGAAUGGUCUGAUGGGGAUUUUUCUGGUCCCCAUGCAAGCCAAAAGGUGGAAGAAAAGUCAUCCUCCAGUGGCAACAAAGCCUUAAAUGAGCUUGGAGUUGCAGCAUCUUCUGGUGUAGCAGCAAAUGUUACUCCUGCUGUGUUGUCCUCGAAGAGGACUUCCCGUGAUUCUAGUCCUGCUGAUCCUCAGAAAUGUCAAGAUAAUUAUUCUUUAAUUAGAUCAGAUGCUGUUCCACCAGAUGAGGUAAAAUGCGGGACCCACAUUAAUUUGAAUGGAAAUGCUGAACGUAAUUUGUCCAUUGAAACUCAGGGAGAUUCAGAGCCAGUUCCUAAACACAAGGAAAUCAAAGGAGUUGAAGCGAACCAUGCUUUAAAAUGUGCUAAUUCUCUUGGUAAACACAAGCUUGAUGAUCAGAAAGAAGCAAUGCUGGGUAAAAAGCGGAGCCGAAAAACGAUGUUUCUAAAUAUAGAAGAUGCUAAGCAAGCUGGUGCAGUUAAGUCUUCAACUCCCAAAAGGCAGAAUGUUCCUAUUCCUACCCCUAGCAGUGCUCGUAUAGUCAAGGGGACCCGAAAUUUGAGGUUGCUUGGUGACCGUAAUGGAGAAAAGAAAAAUGAGCAUGCUAUCAAGGAUCAGAAUCAGGCUGACUUGUUAUGUGACGAGGAAAGUAAUUCCAUGGAACCUGUUGAUCGUAAACCUGAAUCCAACAGCAAUAAUGCAGGGCUUUUAGCAAGGCCUAGGAGACAAAAUAGUUUGACAGAUCUGUCUGCUGAGGGAAACGUUAGGCAUAAUUUAAGGAAACAGCCGACAGAUUCGAGGCAAUUCAAGGAUCCUCAGACCCAAUCAAGAAAGCCAGCUUCAAGUAGUCAUGGCUCAGUUGAUGUAAAACUAGUCAACAAGAAAAAUCCUCCAAAGCGGCAAAAUGUGACCAAUCAACAAUAUCAAGAUACAUCAGUGGAGCGUCUCUUGCGGGAGGUGACUAGUGAUAAGUUUUGGCAUAAUCCAGAGGAAUCUGAGCUUCAAUGUGUCCCUGGUCGGUUUGAAUCUGUAGAAGAGUAUAUCAGAGUAUUUGAGCCUUUGCUUUUUGAAGAAUGUCGAGCACAGCUGUACAGCACAUGGGAGGAAUUAAAUGAAGCAUCUUCUAGAGAUGCACAUAUAAUGGUCCGUGUGAAAUCUGUUGAAAGACGAGAAAGAGGAUGGUACGAUGUGAUAGUUCUUCCUUCAAAUGAUAUAAAAUGGACCUUCAAAGAGGGUGAUGUUGCGGUUCUUUCCUCUUCGAGGCCUGGUUCAGUUAGAUCUAGGAGAAGUAGUAUUUCUUCUGCUGAAGAAUAUGAAGAACCUGAAGGGAGUGCGCGUACUGUUGGUACUGUCAGAAGACAUAUCCCUCUAGACGUUCGUGAUCCUCUGGGAGCAAUACUUCAUUUUUAUGUUGGGGAUUCUUAUGAUACAAAUAGUACUGCUGAUAACGAUCAUAUAUUGAAGAAGCUUCAGCCUAGAAGUAUCUGGUACCUAAGUGUCCUGGGCUCUCUGGCAACAACGCAACGUGAGUAUGUGGCAUUGCACGCCUUUCGUCGGCUAAGUGUACAGAUGCAAAAUGCAAUCCUUAAGCCAAGUGCUGAGCACUUUCCCAAAUACGAGGAACAGACUCCAGCCAUCCCUGAAUGCUUUACUCCAAAAUUUUUUGACCAUCUUCAUAGGACUUUCAAUAAUCCUCAGCUAUCAGCAAUCCAGUGGGCUGCCAUGCACACAGCAGCCGGGACUAGUAAUGGAGCCACUAAAAGACAAGAUCCUUGGCCGUUUACUUUAGUUCAAGGUCCUCCAGGUACGGGAAAGACCCAUACAGUCUGGGGAAUGCUGAAUGUGAUUCAUCUAGUUCAGUAUCAGCACUACUAUACUGCACUGCUAAAAAAAUUGGCACCAGAAAGUUAUAAGCAAAAUAAUGAUAGAAAUGCCGACAGUACUUCGUCGGGAUCUAUUGACGAGGUUCUACGAAGCAUGGAUGAGAACCUAUUUCGCACGUUACCAAAACUUUGUCCAAAACCUAGAAUGCUGGUAUGUGCUCCAUCUAAUGCUGCAACAGAUGAGUUGCUUGCACGUGUCCUUGAUCGUGGAUUCAUUGAUGGAGAGAUGAAGGUUUAUAAGCCUGAUGUAGCACGUGUUGGUGUUGAUACGCAGUCACGAGCUGCACAAGCUGUCUCUGUUGAGCGUAGAACUGAGUUGCUUUUACUUAAAACUCGUGAUGAGGUUUUUUCAUGGUUGCAAAACCUGAAAACCCGUGAAAAUCAGCUGACUCGUCAAAUGACUACUCUUCAAAUGCAACUUACUUCUGCAGCAGCAGCUGGCCGCUCCCAAGGUUCUGUUGGAGUGGAUCCCGAUGUUCUCAUGGCUCGGGACCAGAAUCGGGAUGCUUUGUUGCAAACUCUUGCUGCAGUAAUUGAGGAUAGAGAUAAAGUUUUAGUUGAGAUGGCUCGUCUUCUCGUUUUGGAGGGGAAAUUUCGUCCUGGCAGUAGCUUUAAUUUAGAAGAUGCACGUGCCAAUUUAGAAACAAGUUUUGCUAAUGAGGCUGAGAUUGUUUUUACCACACUCUCCAGUAGUGGUCGUAAGUUGUUUUCGCGUCUUACGCAUGGCUUUGAUAUGGUUGUGAUUGAUGAGGCAGCUCAAGCCAGUGAAGUGGGUAUUCUUCCUCCACUCUCACUUGGUGCAGCCCGUUGUGUUCUUGUUGGUGAUCCUCAGCAGCUUCCUGCGACGGUUAUCAGCAAGGCAGCAGGAACUUUGUUUUACAGCAGAAGCCUUUUUGAGAGAUUUCAGCAAGCUGGCUGUCCAACAAUGCUAUUAUCCGUCCAGUAUAGAAUGCAUCCAAAAAUCCGGGAUUUUCCUUCAAGGUACUUCUACCAGGGACGACUUACAGACAGUGAAAGCGUUCUAAGCCUGCCUGAUGAGAAAUACCACCAAGAUCCUUUACUUCGACCAUACCUUUUUUAUGAUAUAACUCAUGGUCGAGAAUCACAUAGGGGUGGCUCAGUUUCCUAUCAGAAUAUACACGAAGCUCAAUUUUGUCUUCGUUUGUAUGAGCAUCUACAUAAAACAGCAAAGGCAUUGGGAUUGGAUAAAGUUACUGUGGGUAUAAUUACACCUUAUAAGCUGCAGCUAAAAUGUCUGCAACGUGAGUUUGAGGAUGUCCUUAAUUCUGAAGAAGGAAAAGAUCUUUACAUAAAUACUGUGGAUGCUUUUCAGGGGCAGGAACGUGAUGUCAUUAUUAUGUCCUGUGUUCGUGCCUCAAAUCAUGGGGUUGGCUUUGUUGCUGAUAUUAGACGAAUGAAUGUUGCACUUACUCGAGCAAGAAGGGGCCUUUGGGUUAUGGGGAAUGCUAAUGCUUUGAUGCAGUCUGAUGACUGGGCAGCUUUGAUUACUGAUGCAAAAGCUCGAAACUGUUACAUGGAUAUGGAUUCUCUUCCCAAGGAUUUUGUGAUAACCAAAGUCCCACAUCACAAUUCCUUUCCUAAUAAAUUUUCCUCCGGUUCUAGGGGCUUACGCCCAGGUGGUCCGCGACCAAGGUUGUUUAAUACGCACGCAGAAUCUAAGCCUAGGCCCGUUGUGGAUGAAGACAAACCAAAGCAUUUCUCAACUCGCAAGGACUAAGAAUCUGAAUCGCUUUUGAUAAUGAUGACAGAUUAUUUAUCAUCUUUCACUAGCAGGAGUCUCUGCUGCAAAAGAACAGGCCAUGUUAUGUACUUGCUGUCACUUCUGUUGGACAUUCUAGAGACUUAAGUUGACAGCAAGUUGUUCUUGAACGAACCUUAUUGAGAAGAUUAAUUAAAGCUCAACAAUACCUGAUUCAUCGUGUGGCGUGAAAGUAGUUUCAAGUUCAACAGCCCUUUACCUGCAUGGAUGUUUCAGUGCUUCGUAUGGCUUUGAAACUUUGCUACACGGCAGGUUUUUUGCUUUGGCAGAACUGGUGGAUGCUUUGUUAAACAUCUCCUAUUACUUUAAACUUGAUCUAUGUGCGAUUUGAAAGAAAGGCGAAAUUUCGAGAAGACACAAUUGACUUGCUGUGUUGUGGAGCAGCAAGUUUUGGCCAAAUCAAAGUCUAGGCCUGGAGUCAUUUCAACUUCGAAUUUGGUGGCUUGAAGCGCUCGGUACCAUAUGCUGGCUUCGAGUUUUCCGCUGCCAACAGGCACAGCUUGCUGCAAUUGCAUUUUGUGGAUGCUAUGCACUUUUUUGGAACGUGCAUGGGCAUUUCGACUGUAUGCUGAAGUAUUCAGAUCCACAAGGAAUUUACUUUUUGUUAUUUUAAAUUUGUUUUUCCCCCAAAAGAAAUUUAUAGAUAGAGUUACAUGAUUUGUACAAGAAAAUUCUACUAGUUAACAGGCAUAAAGGAUGCUUGUAGAACAAUUUUGUACAUACACAAUUUAGCAAUAGAGGAAGAAUUCUUUCUUUUGCA